GGAAAAUGGCGGUGGCACCUCGUUGAUUAGGCUCAUUUUCUACAGCGUCAUUAUUCUAGCUUACCUUUGUUCCCCGUGAGGCAAAACGGAAAAGUGCGUGAGUGCGUGUCAAACUAUUCCCAAAUAAGGUGUUUCCAAUAGGAAUAGCACCAGCCAGCUACGAUGAAUUUUUUUUUGGUGAAUUAAAAGGUUCAGUGAAGUGAACACAAUCGAAAAGCAAAGGAAACUUAACCAAAUUCAAUCGCAGUAGGUACGGGGAAAGGUCGAAGAAAAUCGUCGGUGAGGUAACCACGGUUGUGAAAACAUAAAGAGAAUAUCUUCGCAUGAAAGUGAUUGGAUGAGUAACUUCGUAUCGUAUGUUGAUAUUGCCAUGAUGAAGCGCCGUUCGCUGGCCGGGAACUGUGGAGUGGGAGUGUUCGUGAUAGCUCUGGUUACGGUGCUGGUGGCCUUUGCGACGCCAAGUUGGCUGGUGAGCGAUUACCGCAUCACCGGUGCCAAGCUGGAUCGGCUCGGAUUGUGGGUGCACUGCUUCCGCUCGCUACCGGACGUUAACGACGAUUAUCAGCGCCGGUUCUUCGUCGGCUGCCGUUGGGUGUUCGAUCCGUUCACCAAGGGGUACGACGAGAUUCGAGGAUUCCUGAUACCACCUUUUAUGGUCGCAACCCAAUUCUUCUACACGCUAUGUGCAAUCGGAGUGCUGCUAGCGAUGAUCUUGGUGCUGCUGUUCUUCCUGUGCGCCGGUCCAGAUCAGAAGUUCUUCGUCAAAUUGAUUAGAACAAUUGGUUAUCUCAAUCUGGGAGCGGGCAUCAGCGGCGGCAUCGGUGUUAUCGUUUUUGCCGUGUUCGGAAACAAGGAUAAAUGGAUGCCGGAGCACGCCAACAACUGGUUCGGGUGGUCCUUCAUUCUGGCCUGUAUCGGUGCGGUUGCCUGCGGUGUUGCGGCAUCUCUGUUUUUGACCGAAGCUCAUGUGCAAGCCAAAAAACGACGGCAGCUGAAGGAGUCCCAAACGCGGUUCCAGAUCGACAGCGAAACGAAGGCUUGAGUCGGUGGUUGAACGAAGAACAACAAAACAAGAUAACGCACAGCGAAAAUUUUCUACGUAUAAAUUUGACAGUACAAUCCAGACAAAAGAAAACUUUUAUCGAAACCGUUUUACGAACUUUCCAAACAAUUUUAAACUAUCGACUCCAGAAUCUGGGUCGCAGUUGCUAGAAAAUAGGCUGCAAUUUUACAAACUUCUUUAUUUUAUGUUGUUGAACAAUCUGACGUACUAACUGGAAAAAAACGAUGCCGUCCACAUCUAGAAUUUAAAAUGUUCGUUUGAAUCUUUACAGUUAAAUGUAAAUAGUGUUUAAGUCAAACGUUCCACGCAAUCAAUUAGCCUCUGUGCACAGCGAAGUACACUCCAAUUCGUAAUGCCAAAUUAGAACAGUAACGCCGUAAUCCGGACACGAAUCUCACACGAGUGUCAAGCAACUUAAACGCGUGGAUGUUUUAGCAUCGUUAGAUCAACUAUUUUUUUUAACAAAAAAUUGUUUUAUUUCUAUCUUUUAUUUCUGUUUUCUUUCCGGAUUCGUUCUUCCCAUCCCCGUUUUAUUUUCGGGAAAAAUGAAUCCGAUAUGCUGCCUUGAAUAAGAUAACACAUAUUGAUUUAGAUCCGAAUCGUUGACUUUUGAUGGUAAGCAAAUCUACGUGACAUCGUCGGUCGCAAGCAAAGGAAGCGAUCGCAAUUGGCUCAUCUUUAUAUUAACUUAGGCGAAAUAGUUUUUAUUCGGCGCAAUCUGUUUUCUACGGCGCUGAGCUCAGUGUAAGUUUUAGAUAAGAUGAAAUUGUAAUACCAAUAAGUUUGAUACGAAUUAAAUAAAAACUGGAUCAGAAAGAA